UUCCACGACGUGGCUGUGAACUUCACCCCGGAGGAAUGGUCAUGCCUGGCGGCCUCUCAGCAGAAGCUCUACAAGGACGUGAUGCUGGAGACCUACCAGCAUCUAAUUCACACUGGAGAGAAACCCUAUAUAUUUAAGGAAUGUGGAAAGGCCUUUCCUGCAGCCUCAAGACUUACUGUACAUAGGAGAAUUCACACUGGAGAGAAACCGUAUAUAUGUAAGGAAUGUGGGAAGGCCUUUACUACAUCCUCAGAACUUACUGUACAUAGGAGAAUUCACACUGGAGAGAAACCGUAUAUAUGUAAGGAAUGUGGGAAGGCCUUUGCUGCAGCCUCAAGACUUACUGUACAUAUGAGAAUUCACACUGGAGAGAAACCGUAUAUAUGUAAGGAAUGUGGGAAGGCCUUUGCUACAUCCUCAGAACUUACUGUACAUAGAAAAAUUCACACUGGAGAGAAACCAUAUAUAUGUAAGGAAUGUGGAAAGGCCUUUGCUGCAGCCUCAAGCCUUCGUGUACAUAGGAGAAUUCACACUGGAGAGAAACCGUAUAUAUGUAAGGAAUGUGGGAAGGCCUUUGCUAUAGCCUCAAGACUUAGUGAACAUAGGAGAAUUCACACUGGAGAGAAACCCUACAUAUGUAAGGAAUGUGGAAAGGCCUUUGCUAAAGCCUCAAGACUUACUGUACAUAGGAGAAUUCACACUGGAGAGAAACCGUAUAUAUGUAAGGAAUGUGGGAAGGCCUUUGCUAAAGCCUCAAGACUUACUGUACAUAGGAGAAUUCACACUGGAGAGAAACCGUAUAUAUGUAAGGAAUGUGGGAAGGCCUUUGCUACAUCCUCAGAACUUACUGUACAUAGGAAAAUUCACACUGGAGAGAAACCAUAUAUAUGUAAGGAAUGUGGAAAGGCCUUUUUUGCAGCCUCAAGACUUACUGUACAUAGGAGAAUUCACACUGGAGAGAAACCGUAUAUAUGUAAGGAAUGUGGGAAGGCCUUUGCUAAAGCCUCAAGACUUACUGUACAUAGGAGAAUUCACACUGGAGAGAAACCGUAUAUAUGUAAGGAAUGUGGGAAGGCCUUUGCUGCAGCCUCAAGACUUACUGUACAUAUGAAAAUUCACACUGGAGAGAAACCAUAUAUAUGUACGGAAUGUGGGAAGGCCUUUGCUAAAGCCUCAAGACUUAGUGAACAUAGGAGAAUUCACACUGGAGAGAAACCCUAUAUCUGCAAAGAAUGUGGGAAGGCCUUCGGUCAAUCUCAGUACCUUCGGAAUCAUAGCAGAAUUCACAGUGGAGAGAAAUCUCAUCAGUGUCAGAUAUGUGGAAUGGCAUUCACGUUGUCCUCUUCCCUUACUAUACACAUGAGAAUUCAUACUUGAGAGAAGCCUUAUAUAUGUGUGGAGUGUGGAAACACCUUUACUACAUCCUCGCAAUUGACUGUACAUAGGAGAAUUCACACUGGAGAG